CCCUCGCCAACCCUUUGGCGGUCACCGGUGGGGUUAGGCUGCCUCGUCACCGACUUCGCUGCCCCCCGCCCCGCCCACCCCUCUGGCGCCACUUGGGUUCGCCUCCCCCCUUCGGCCAACAUGAGCGACCAUGAUAUUUCAGAAGAAAUGGUUAUUGUCAAAACUGAGAAGGUAGAAGAAAGCUGCAGUAAUGAUGGACGGAACUGUGAGGGCCAGGAGUCCCAGCCUUCCCCUCUGGCUCUGCUGGCUGCAACAUGCAGCAGGAUUGAAUCUCCCAAUGAGAAUGCUGAUGGAUCACAGGGACAACAAGGAGGCUCAAAUGAACUGGACCUUGCUGCUGCAACUCAUAUCUCCCAGAAUGCAAAUGGUUGGCAACUAAUUUCUACUCCCUCUGGGACUUCUGACUCCCCCAAAGACCAAGGGAACACAAGCAAUGAGGAGAAUGAUUCGUCAUCCAAAAACCGGCCUGCUACCACCGGGCAGUAUGUGGUUACUACCACCCCCAACAUGCAGGGCCAGCAAGUCCUCACGGGCUUGCCAGGAAUGAUACCCAGUAUUCAGUACCGGGUGAUUCCCCAGUUUCAAACUGUGGAUGGGCAGCAGUUGCAGUUUGCCACCACCCCUACCCAAGUCAGCGUCCAACAGGAUGCCAAUGGCCAAUUGCAGAUCAUCCCUGGGACGAACCAGCAGCUCAUUGCAAAUCAGUCGGGGACAGGCAAUAUCCUGGCUGCCAUGCCAAAUCUUCUGCAGCAGGCUGUCCCCAUUCAGGGAGUAAAUGCCCUGUCAGGGCAGACUCAGUAUGUCACUAAUGUGCCACUGGCUUUGAAUGGCAAUAUCACUUUGUUGCCUGUCAAUAGCAUUGCAGCCAGUUUGGCACCCACUUCUCAGUCGGUUACUCUAAGCACCUCUGGCUCUAGCGAGAGUGGCUCUCAACCAGCAACAUCUGGCGCCUCUGUCAGUUCCUCCAGCACGGCUGUGUCCCAGGCCAAUUCUGCCGCUUUCUUUACCAAUGCCAACAGCUACAAUACCACUACCACAACAGGUAAUUUGAGCAUCAUGAAUUUUUCUACCAGUGGCACUCUGGGAACAAACGUUCAGGUGCAGGCGCCUCAGAGGACAGGAAGUGCUCAAAAUACUGAUGCUCUGCAGUUGGCUGGAGUGACAGUCCAGCAAGGGCAGCAGAAAGAUGCUGAUCAAAACCAGCAGCAGCAGCAGCAGCAGAUCCUGGUACAGCCUCAGCUUGUUCAAGGAGGGCAAGCUGGCCAGACUUUUACUACCCAAGAUGCCUUGCAGAACCUGCAGAUCCAGGCUCUCCCCAAUGCUGGUCCAAUCUUUAUUCGAACACCCACUAUGGGGCCAAACGGGCAGGUGAGCUGGCAGACGAUUCAGCUGCAGAAUCUUCAGGUUCAGAACCCGCAAGCUCAGACAAUCGCCUUGGCUCCCGUACAAGGAGUCUCCCUGGGGCAGACAGGGAGCACCAACACGACGCUGACCCCCAUCGCUUCUGCCUCUCUGCCCAGUGGCACCGUCACUGUAAAUGCCGCUCAGCUUUCCUCUGUGCCAGGCCUUCAGACCAUUAAUCUGGGGGCCCUGGGAUCUGGGAUCCAGCUUCAUCAGCUGCAGGGGCUUCCACUCACUAUAACAAAUGCCACAGGUGAUCAUAACACCCACCUCAGCCUUCACGGCACCGGUGGCGACGGGCUAGCUGAUGAUGGGGCAGCCGUUGAAGAAGGAGAGGCCAGCCCAGACGCUCAGCCACAGCAAGGGCGAAGAAUGCGCAGAGAAGCAUGCACUUGCCCCUACUGCAAAGACAACGAAGGAAGGGGCACUGGGGAUCCAGGGAAAAAGAAGCAGCAUAUCUGCCACAUCCCAGGCUGCGGGAAAGUGUAUGGGAAGACAUCUCAUCUGCGUGCCCACCUUCGGUGGCAUACUGGAGAGCGGCCGUUUGUGUGCUCCUGGAUGUUUUGUGGCAAGCGCUUCACACGCAGCGAUGAACUGCAGCGACACAAACGGACACAUACAGGAGAGAAGAAGUUUGCCUGUCCCGAGUGCCCCAAGCGCUUCAUGAGGAGCGACCACCUCUCCAAGCACAUCAAGACCCACCAAAACAAGAAGGGGCCCAACAACGUGGCCAUGGACGUCUCUGCCGUCUCCAUGGACACUGGUGCUUCAGCAGAGGGCACUAGUGGGGCAACACCCUCGACCCUAAUUGCGACCAACAUGGUGGCCAUGGAGGCAAUCUGCUCCGAAAGCAUUGCGCGCCUUGCCAGCAGCGGCAUCAACGUCAUGCAAGUGGCAGACCUCCAGUCAAUCAACAUCAGCGGCAAUGGAUUUUGAGGCACCGCGGACUGCGUGGUGGAGGUGUUGUGCAAACGUGGGAUACUCAAGGUAGCAAUGGGUCCAAGGGAUGAGAUCUUUCAUUACACGAAAGGUGAAAGAUUAGGGACUCAGCUGCACCACCCAGCCUCCAACCCCCAUUGUGGUCUCCCAGGAAUACUGCUUGCAAAAUAAGGCCUGCUUGCUGUCCAGGUCAACCCUCAGAUGCCUGAUGUGAUUACCUGGGGAAAAUGAUGGAGAUGGCCCUGAGCUGUUUGACUCGUUUUGUUUUGCUCUCCCCCCACCCCCAUAAAAGUCCACCCCCUUGUUAGGUGCCCCAGAUGCCAUCAUGCCUUGGUUCUAAAUGUAUAUGAUCACUGAAAUACUUUUUAGCAGAAAAAAAAUCUAUAUUAUUAUUAUUAUUGUUAUUAUUGUAAUUAUAUAAAGCUAUAAAAUAUGUUCAUUUUGAUGAGAGGUUAAAAUUGCUGUGACCAAAGUCUUUGGUCCUUGUUCAGAUGCCUUAACUUGGAACUCCUUGAGCUGUUAGGUGGUGCUCAAGCCUAUGUUCAGAUGCUAUAUCGCAUUUUACAUUGUAAGUAUAAAAAAACAUAAAUUUAGCUUUUUGUA